CACUUCACACGCCACUCUCUCGCCAUACGUCGACGCAGACGGACGUGCGCUUUUUUCCACCACACACCAAUUCCUCCUAACAAUUAUUGGAAAUUUUUCCCCCGCAUAAACACGCACUCAAGUUGUCAUGGAUACAAAAAUCGGAUUAUUCCUCUUGUUCAUCAUCAUUAAAGAAGGCACCCCCCAAUCCUCACCCCCCACAAAAUUCACCUGUCCCCACGAGUACGGAUUCUACCCGCAUCCCCGUUCCUGUGACAAAUAUUACAAAUGUGAAAAUUCCAUAGCAACCUUGAAAACCUGUGGGAACGGUUUAGGAUUUGAGGAUUCGGAUCCAAAGUUUUUAGCUGAAAAUUGUGAUUAUUUGCACAACGUUGAUUGCGGGGAUCGUUCCGAGCUGGAACCACCGCAAUCCAGUGCAAAUUGUCCACGAUUGUAUGGCAUUUUCCACGAUGAGACGCGAUGUGAUACUUUCUGGUCCUGCUGGAAUGGAGAAGCCAGCCGCUACACGUGCGCACCUGGUUUGGCGUAUGACGCCGAUGCUCGAGUUUGCAUGUGGGCCGAUCAAGUUCCAGGGUGCAAAGUUUCUCAAAGCGAGGGAGGCUUCCAAUGUCCAAAUCCCAAAGAUAAUCCAAAUCCAGGAACCUUUUCCCGUCACGCUCACCCUGAGGACUGUAGGAAAUAUUAUGUUUGUCUCGAUGGCAACCCACGCGAAUAUGGUUGCCCCAUUGGAACAGUGUUCAAAAUCGGGGGAGAUGAUUAUUCCGGGCAGUGCGAAGAUCCCACUGGAGUUGAUGGAUGUGAAAAUUACUAUGGAGACGAAUUAAAGGGUAAAACCAAGGGUCAACUUUUGCUCGGGGGUGACGAUGGAAGUUAUAAAACAGCAACUAACAAACCAACGCUAAGGAAAAAAAUCCACGUUCAAAAACAACAACAAAAUAAUCAACAAGUUGAUCAAGAACAGGAACAACAAACUUUUAAACCUAAACAGCAGCAACAACAACUGAGACCGAAACAACAAUCGCCACAGCAACAACAACGACCACAACAGCAACAGCAAAAAUUGCAAAGACCGACGACCACACCCGCUCCCACGACGACAACGACGACCACGCCCAAACCAGCCGUUACCACGGCAGCAGGAGCUAAGGAAGAUGAAUAUUAUUAUUACGAUGAAAAUUAUGAUGUGCCAGCUACUAAUACUAAACAAUAAAACGUGAAUAAUACUGAUUAUAUUUUAAUUAUGGAAAA